UCUGAUAUUUUUUUUCACAAAAACCUGUCAAAAGCAGCCGAGACCGAAACCACAGUCCACUCUCAGACCCCAAAACCCAUAAAGGCAUAAACCCCAAAACAAAACCAAAACCUUUUGAAAAAAAAAUAAAAACAAAACAAAACAAAACCUUUCAACAAUGGCGAUCCCAGCACGCUCAGAGGCUCCCCAAAUCCACCGAUGCCCCCAACCCGCCUACGUCGACGCUGUCCGGUGGCUCCCUCCCUUCUCCGCCCUCAACCGCUUCGCCGCCGUCGCCUACUUCGACUCCGAUUCCGCCUCCUCCUCCAUCGAAAUCCACUCAAUCUCCCCCAAUCCCCACCAAACCCUAACCCUAACUCCCCAAUCCUCUUGGCUCUCCCCCUCCAGAAUCUCCUCCCUCGCGACCUCCCACUCCCACCACCGCCCCUUCCUCGCUUCCGGAACCUUCGCGAGCUCUCUCCACGUCCUCUUCGCCGCGCCCGCGGACCCUCCGUCGCUCGAUUCGGAGGUCUCAAUUCCCGAGGGGGUGUUGCACGGCGGGGCGAUCGCGUGCGUGGAUUUGAUGGAGGGCGGGACCGAGUGCGUGACGGUCGGGGAAGAUGGGAAGGUGAAUUUGGUGAGGAUUGGGGAUUCGGGAAUGGAUUACCGGAGGGUUUUUGAUGGAAGCGGGUUGGUGUCUUACACGGCGGCGAAAUGGGCGUCGCCGACUGAGUUCGCCACCGGUGGAUUAGGGUUUGGCCUGCAGUGGUGGGACCAGAGGAAGCCCGGUGGGGCCGUUUCUCAGUUCAAGGGUGGCUGGGGUCAAGGAAGAACUUCGGGGAUUGUGCAUUCAAUUGAUAUUCAUCCAUCACGAAAGCAUACAUGUCUGGCAGGAGGCUCUUUAGGUACUGUGUUUGCCUGGGAUCUUAGGUGGCCGCAACAGCCAGUUAUUCUUUCUGGAGUUGGGGCAGGUGAAACUGGAGCACAUUCACCAUCCGAAAGUGAGGUUUGGGAGGUUCAGUAUGACCGCUAUACAAAGACAACAAACAAGGGAACCAUCUCAUCUUCAAAAAUCUUACCGGCUAUGAUCUGCUCAGAAGACGGUAUUCUGGCUGUUAUUGAACAAGGGGAGGAACCUCUUGAGCUCUUGGCAGAACCAUGUGCAAUCAACAGCUUUGACAUCGAUCGACAAAAUCCUUCGGAUGUAAUAUGUAGUUUGGAGUGGGAGUCUAUAGCGAUCUUGACGAGGCCAUAACACCAAAUAUGUGGAGUUCAAUUUCAAGUUUGGUUCAUCUUUUUUCUGAAAGCUAUAACAACUUGAGGAAUGAAAUGUUUCUUAACCACUCGGUGUUGAAGCUGUAAGUUAAACGAAUGAAAGUCCUGAAUUGCCCUCGAAAGGGGUACUGCACAGAGCGCUGCACUUUUGAGUAGUCGAGGUCUAUAGCUUGAACAAUCUGCUUUUAUGAGUGCAGCCUAGGAGGGAGAUUCUGUAGCUAUUUCAUUUAUGCUUGCCUAACAAGGAGUGAAAUUUGCACUUUCUGAUCAAUCUUCGAGUAGGAUUUCGCUUCUCAACACCAAGUCAACUGGAUUUGUAUCCAAACUUUUUGUUCUCAGAACUUGUAUUGAAACUUGAUAUUUAUGUAUGUACUUUGGUGGUUGUUUUAUUCUGAUUACUUGCGAAGGAACUUGCAGACAGAAAAUUUAAGCAGAUUAU